GAUCGAAAAGAGAAAUAAUGUGAUCCGCGCGGUGACGGCGAAAAUCGUGAAUUUCGGUGAUUUUUCGUGAAUUUGCGUAACUUUUUUGGUACAACACGAGUCGCGACGUCCAAUACAACCCGUUUCAAGUCCAAACCGUGUCGGAAAAUGAGUUGAAACGCCGCAUCGAGAGCGCCGACGAAUUUCGCAAUCGCGACCAUAAAAAGAACGCGAAGAAAUGUUACGAACGUUGUUCUGCCGGAAGUGGCAACCGGUCCACCGGCAGCUGCACGGCCAAAGAUUGGUGCUGUGCGGCCGGCCACUCGUUGCAGGAGCGACCUCGUUGCGACACGACGGUUGUUUACCUGUGGAGAGAGCAAAGUGCACCGGAAUCCGACCGCUGGAUGCGCCGCGGUGGCCACUUCCGACCGGAACCGGCAGUUUAGUGUUAAGGAAUUUUAGUAGUCAAGUUAGCGAUAAGGAUCGAGGUGGCGCGCUGACGACGCGGAUUGUGCAGAGUCCGUACGCGCGGUUGAUGCGGCUGGACCGGCCGAUCGGAUCGUGGCUGCUGUUUUGGCCGUGCGGCUGGAGUAUUGCGCUGAGCGCACCGGCCGGAUGCUGGCCGGAUCCGGUGAUGUUGGCGCUGUUUGGAACGGGGGCGUUUAUUAUGCGGGGCGCAGGUUGCACCAUAAACGACAUGUGGGACAGGGACAUCGACGCCAAAGUGGCACGAACGAAGAGUAGACCGCUGGUGGCGGGGGAACUGACCCAGCUGGACGCUUGGAUGUUCCUUGGGGGGCAGUUGGCCGUUGGUCUGCUGGUGCUGCUCGAGUUGAACUGGUACUCGAUUGUGCUCGGGGCGAGUUCCCUCGGGCUGGUAAUCGUCUACCCGUUGAUGAAACGGAUCACGCACUGGCCGCAGCUCGUCCUCGGGAUGACCUUCAACUGGGGAGCGUUGCUAGGCUGGAGUGCCACGACCGGUUCCGUUCAGUGGUCCGCCUGUCUUCCGCUUUAUCUGGCCGGAGUUUGCUGGACCAUUGUCUACGACACGAUCUACGCCCACCAGGACAAAGUGGACGACGUUCUGCUGGGCAUCAAAUCGACGGCGAUUCGCUUCGGGGACAACACGAAGCUGUGGCUGACCGGGUUUUCAACGGCCAUGCUCGGAGGACUCGUCACGUCCGGAAUCGUUUGCGACCAGACCUGGCCGUACUAUUCGGCGUUGGGCAUUAUUUCGGCGCAUCUCGCACAUCAGAUCUACUCGCUGAACAUCCACAACCCGACGGAUUGCGCCAACAAGUUCAUCUCGAACCACCAAGUCGGGCUAAUUUUGUUCCUUGGAAUCGUAUUGGGCACCCUGUACAAAGGCUAUUCAAACAAGACCGCUUCAUCAAUCGUCACCCCUGGUCCCACCUCAGCACUCUUGAUGUCCAACCAAACCAAACCAGGAACGACCGGAGUUAACCGCAACGUGGCCGUUUAACGGUCAAACGCAUAAACCAAGAAUUUUCUUUUUUUAAACGCUUCUUCUUUAUUCUGUAAAUAAUUUAUGAAAUUUGUACAGCUUUAAGGUGCAUGUGUCGUGUCUAGCUGGAUUAGGAAUAAAAACCUUACUUUGAUUUGCCAAAAAGUAUCGCUCAGGAAAAUCGGAAACGGA